AUGGCAGAACCGAAUUCGACGUCUGCGUCAAAACACCCAGAACGCAUUCCCUACUGGCAGCUCGUCCUAAACCAAGGUAUCCUCACAGACCGCAUCCUCAACCAUGAAUACAACGGCUCCGGCACCGAAGAAAACCCUUACCUGGUGGACUGGAUCCAAGAUGACCCCCGGAAUCCAAUGGAAUGGCCACGAGCCACGAAAUGGGUUUACACCAUGCUGGUAGCCAUCGCGACGCUGGCCGUCGCCUUGGUGAGUUCAGCCUUCAGUGGAGGACUGCCCCAGGUGCUACAGGAGUUCAAGAUAUCCUCGGAGGUUGGAACGCUGGGUCUGUCGCUUUUCGUCGUGGGAUUUGCUAUUGGACCUCUUCUGUGGGCGCCGCUGAGUGAGAUGUAUGGCCGCCAGCUGCUGUUCUUCGUGAGUUAUGCUGGUCUCACCGCAUUUAAUGCUGGGGUUGCUGGGUCACAGAAUGCGUGGACUUUGAUUAUUCUGCGUUUCUUUGCGGGUGCUUUUGGGUCUUCGCCUCUUACCAAUGCAGGCGGCGUUAUUGCAGAUAUGUUCCCUGCCAGUGAGCGAGGGUUGGCUAUGACGCUCUUUGCGUCUGCUCCAUUCCUAGGCCCUACCAUUGGCCCGGUUAUUGGUGGUUUCUUGGGAAUGAACGCUGGCUGGCGAUGGGUGAUGGGCUUCCUCGCAGCCUUUUCCGGGGUAUUAUGGAUUGUCUGCUCGGUGUUUGUCCCUGAAUCAUAUGGCCCAGUACUGCUGCAGAAACGAGCUGCAAGCUUGUCGAAACGCACAGGCAAGGUGUACGUGAGCAUCCACGAUGCUGAGAAGGGCAAGAUAUCCAUCAAGAAAGCAUUCAAGACCUCGCUCCUACGACCGUGGAUCCUGCUAUUUCGCGAACCCAUUGUCCUCCUGCUCUCGAUUUACAUGGCCAUCAUCUACGGCACUCUCUAUUUGUGCUUUGGCGCAUUCCCAAUUGUCUUUGAGGGCGAACGCCACUGGAAUCAAGGUGUCGCAGGCCUGGCCUUCCUCGGGGUAAUGAUAGGCAUGAUCAUCGCCAUCCCAUACAGCAUCAUCGACAACAAACGCUACGUUCGCGCACAAGGAAAACACGCUGGCUUCGCACCCCCAGAAGCCCGACUCCCCCCCUGUCUCGUCGGCAGCAUUGCCGUCCCCAUCGGCCUAUUCUGGUUCGCCUGGACCACAUUCCCAUCCGUGCACUGGGUCGUGCCCAUAAUCGCAUCUGCGCCGUUCGGCUUCGGAAUGGUCCUCGUUUUCCUCUCGAUCAUGAACUACCUCAUCGACUCUUAUACUAUCUACGCGGCGUCUGUUCUCGCCGCUAACUCCGUCCUGCGAUCUCUGUUUGGUGCUGCUUUCCCCUUAUUCACGUCCCAGAUGUACGCCAACCUCGGCACGCAGUGGGCAUCUAGCGUUCCUGCAUUCCUGGCGCUGGCCUGUGUGCCGUUCCCCUUUCUGUUCUUUAAGUACGGGCCCGCGAUCCGGAAGAAGUGCAAGUUCGCGGCUGAGUCGGAUGCCUUUAUGCGCAAGAUGGCUGAACGUAUGGCCCCCGCUGCGGCGAAUACCGAUGACAACAAAGCAAGCAAUGAGAAAGAGGAUGACGGCGGUAAGGAUAUAGAUAUUGAAGCCGGUUCGCACCACAACGGCCCAGCUUCAAACACGGAAGUUGAGUCUAGUGCUGGCUCUAGUCUGGAGGAGUUGCCUGGUGUCUCUCGCAAGCAGAGUGUACCGCAGUCUGUGCACUCGAAGUCGAGUGUUUAUGAGGGCAAUCCUUAUAAUAUUGACCGGGUGACGACGCAGGAACGGUAG